AAACUAGUAGUACUCGAGCAUUCGCGCGCAUCAGAACGUACGUUCGAAAGAACCGAUUAUCUGUUUUAUCCUCCUUCUUUUUUUUUUUUUACAUUUGCGAUUCGCGAUAUUUUGACCGAGAGGCAAACUCGUCUGAAUCGUUCCCGAAAAAACAGAAACUCGGGCAUCGGUGCGACGGAUCGAAGAGAUCGGCGAUGAUCGAUUGCAGUGUCGCAGCCCGAUGCGCAAUGCAGCCUGACGGAAGAUAGCACGUGCGCGGAACGUUUUCUAUAGGGGAUUUUUUUUUGAAGAAAGAAGAGAAAAAAACAAGAGGAAAAUCGAACAAGCACUGCGUGAGUUUAUUGUCAUCGAAGUGGCGGUCGCAGAAAGUUCUAACAUGAAGGGAUCUAAAAGAGAUUGGAUUUUUAGAGUCCAGAUAUCUAACCUGGAGAAAAAUGAAGUGGUCUACGUGGUUGGAAAUUUACCUGAGUUAGGUGCCUGGAAUCACAAUCAGGCUAUUCUAAUGUCGCAAGAACAUAACAGCCGCAGAGAGUCUCCUGUAGUAUUAGAUAGUAACAGUACCGGGGACUUUUAUAGCGAAGAAGAUGGAGAUAAUGCAGCUGAUGGUAUAUUUGAAGAUGAUGGACGAAUAUUUUCGCAGAAGAUUGCUCUUCCCAUUGACGCAAAUAUCGAGUUUCGAUAUUUUAUAGCUGUCAUUUGCCAAUCAAACGGCACUAAAAAUUCGGCCAAAACUCUGAUUAUUCGCAGAUGGGAAACCCAUAUGACACCACGGUUAAUUAGGAAAAAUGCACCAAGCAAUUUUGAUAAUGAUACAUUGCCAGAUCCUGAUAAAUUUGGCUAUCAUAAUAAUUAUUCCAAAAUCGAACGAGGUUGGCUAACAGAUGAAACCGUGAUACAAUUUAAACUUUUUAACAAUCCUAUUAAAUUGUGGAAGAAUCGGCUACAAAAUAAAAAAGUUAAUAUUAAGAUGACACCUGUAAAUCUAGUUAGGCAUAAUUCUUUAGAACUGCAACAGUUUGGAGGCGACUGUAUAGAUGAUAGUCUUUCUAUGGAUACACAAGAUAUUGUUGAUCAACCCGCCUUUACCAGUAUUACGGAAAUUGCUGUGAUGAAUGAUGAAGAGGCUAGAUUGACCAUCCAGGAGCAAUUCGGUCGCCCUUACAAUGAAGACGAGUUUUUACUCCUCAAUGUUGCCGUUCGGUAUCCUGAAACAAUCGGGUACUUAGUGGACUACUACGUGUACAGCUCAAGAUGUUUCCCGGGAGAACCACCAAAUCAUAUUGGUUUCAGCUACAUCUUGCCGUGUGCUUUACAACCUAGCGUUGGACUUCUGACCGUACCAAUUACUAGUACUAAACAUAGACCCAUUGGCCAAUUGACAGUGGAAUAUGUUAUCAUAAAACCAAUACCGGAUCAUCCAUGGGAUAUGAACAUCUCAUAUGCAAAGCACUGGGAGCAGCGUUGGUCAGGCUUAGAUGUAGGACACAGAGGACUUGGCACAUCUUUCAAAUUCGAAACAAAAAACUGUGCUAAUGUACGCGAGAACACAGUUGCAUCUUUGAAGACUGCAUCAUAUCACGGCGCGGACAUGGUUGAAUUUGAUGUUCAAUUAUCGAAGGACCUUAUACCUGUGAUUUACCACGACUUUUACGUAUCUAUCUCGAUGAAGCGAAAAAAGCAGAUAGAGGCUAUGGACAUGCUGGAGAUACCGGUCAAGGAUCUUACUUUAGAGCAGCUUCAUCUACUCAAGGAUUAUUGUUACCCGAAGGACUCGUUGGGUAAGGUGCUCUAUUUCGUUGAUAAAGCUGAGCAGGGGGUUAACAGAUUGGUUUAUCAUGUAGCCGAAGGCCGUGAUAAGAAUCCAAGAUUCUUUGACGAGGAUUUGGAAGAUCAUCAACCGUUUCCUACAUUGCAAACUGUUCUGCAAGAAUUGGAGCAACACGUUGGAUGCAAUAUUGAAAUUAAAUGGACUAUGCAAUUGAAAGAUGGCACAUUUGAACUCAAUCAUCCCUUUGAUCUCAACAUGUAUCUAGAUAUUAUUCUGAAAGUGGUGUUAGAAUACGGGGGUGAUCGAAAAAUCGUAUUUUCUUCGUUCAAUCCGGAUAUUUGUGCAAUGAUUCGUCUCAAACAAAAUAAAUAUCCAGUGGUAUUUUUAACACAAGGCAUUACAUCGAAGUAUCCUACUUACCACGAUCCAAGAUGUCAAACCGUACCAAUGGCCAUGAGACACGCAUUAACCGCGGAUAUCUUAGGAAUUAACGUCCAUACCGAAGAUAUUCUUCGAGAUCCGUCUCAAGUUAAGUUAGUCAAGGACACGGGAUUAAUUAUCUUCUGCUGGGGAGACGAUAAUAAUGAUAAGGAUACUAUCCAGUAUUUGAAGAAACUCGGCUUGCAUGCGGUCAUAUAUGAUAAAAUCGAUGAAUAUAAUGCAAAAGAAGUGAAAGAGAGUAUAUUCUUAGUGGACGCUAGAGAAAGUCAGAAAGAGUUAAUAGCCUUGGCACACUGCAGCCAAACACCACAAACACAAAUUUCUUCUCCCCUUAACGUGGAUAAGGAUUAUUACUUGAAUCGACCAUCAACGACGACUACAUCCUUGAAGAACAAUGUUGCUGGCGAUAGCAUAUAUUCCGUACCAAACAUGAAGUUGCCGACCAACUGUGAGGAGAGCAUAGAAAUUAACGAAAUAACCAAGGAUUUCAGUGUCUGCGCGAAUACUUUCGGUCAUUCGAUAAAAACAAACGGCAUCUCUGGCGUGAUGUGCGGACAACCGGCUCCUCUAUCUGAGUUUUAUGGAGAAGACGAGGCGGCGAAGGAUUGUCUUUGAUGCUUUUCUUUUAAAAAACCCUUCUUCUCAUGGUUUUAAUAGAGAAGCAUUAGUAAAAGAGAUCCUAUGCCAUACGACAGGGAGAUAACUUUUUUUUAAUUUACACAAUACACUAUAAUUGAUAGGCUGAAAUAUUACCGAGGAUUCGUCUGUACUUCUGAGAUCUGUAAUACUCUUAUAUGAAUCGUUAUUACAUGUAAAUAACCCGGAAUCAAAACAAUCAAUGUUAUUCUGAGAUUUGCCAAAAAAACUCAUCUACAUUUAACAUUUAGAUUAAAUAUGACUAUAUAUAAUAUAUAUAACCUAUUAUUUGAUUGUGUUCUACACUAAAAAAAACGCUCAGAUUAGUCAUGUCUGGCUAAUUAUUAUUAUAAAUAGUAAAACAUGCAGAAAUAGAUUUUGAUAAAUCCUACACCACUUGCAGAUUGCAGAAUAACAUUGAUUAUAUUGCUUUAAAAUAUCGAUAUAAUGUAAUGUGCGAAGAAAAAUUAUCCAACUUACUCUUCUCACAUUUUUCGAAUUUGUUCAUUGUACAGCGUGUGUCGGAAAAAGUAUGUAGCCGGAUAUUCAAGAAAUUUGGAAUUGAUCAUCCCUUAAGAAUGAUUUGGAGAUCUUGAAUAUAUUAUUCUAUUAAUAGAUAAUUAUGAUCCGAUAUAUUUGCACUUUUUCGAACUUUAUUCGUCUAUAUUUGUCAUUUUUAGUCUAAAUGUAAAAUCUAAGAAUUCAAAAAUAAG